AUGUCGACCGAAGAAUUGAUACGCAUCACUGUUUUUGCGAACCGCAAUGCUAAGCUUUCUGAAGAUGAGUUCAAUGACCACUGGGCGAACAAACAUGGCCCUCUCAUCACAUCAUGGCUGCAGCGUCACGGUAUCGUCAAAUACGUCCAAUAUCACACUACAUCAAGACACAAAGCACGCCUAAGCAUGCCUACUCUUUCGUACGACGGCAUGGCGGACUUCUGGGUGCGGAAGUACGAAGAUUUCGAGAAGGCUUACGAAGAUCCUUUUUACUUGGAGGUAGUAAAGAAGGAUGAAGAGUACUUGUUCGAUAUGGAGACCUUGCGUGUGACUGCUGGCGUCGACAUCUGUGUCAUCGAAGAUGGAAAGGUGGUGCAAGAGCACGCCCAUAAAUUCUGA